AUGAAGAUCACAAAUUUAAAACAACAACAACCUCUCUUCUUUUCUGUCACAUUUCUACUGCUAUCACUAGCACUCACCACCACCACCUUAGCACAACUCUCCCCAACCCAGCCCGCUCCAUCUCCGCCUACAACCACCACACCAUCCCCAGGAUUCAGCACAGUCCCCCUUGUACCGGUUUCACCAAGCGGCGCACCCAUCGCAGCGGCCCCAAAAGCCCCCACCAUUGAUAUCAUCCAAAUCCUGAAGAAAGCAAAAAGAUUCUCCGUCCUCAUCCGCCUCCUGGAAACCACACAACUCAUCAACCAGCUCAACUCGCAGCUCGUAACUUCUGGUUCUGGAGGGUUAACCCUCUUUGCACCCGAAGAUACUGCCUUCUCAAAACUCAAACCAGGAUUCUUGAACUCUCUGAGUGACAGAAAGAAGGUGGAGUUGUUGCAGUUCCACACGCUCUCUUCCUUCAUCUCUAUCUCCAACUUCGACACGCUAACCAACCCGGUGCAGACGCAGGCCGGCGACGACCCUCAGAGGCUGCAGCUCAACGUAACCACCUACGGCGGCAGCCAGGUAAGUAUGACCACCGGCGCCGUCAAAGCCUCCAUCACCGGAACCGUUUACACAGACAGCAAACUCGCCAUAUACCAGGUGGACAAAGUGCUUCUCCCUCUCGACGUUGUGCUUCCCGCCAAGGCUCCGGCGCCGGCGCCGGCGCCAGGGAAGGCUAAGGCUGACAAAACCAAGCCAUCCUCGUCGUCGUCGUCUUCCUCCGGUGAAGGGAAGGCUUCGCCCACAGAAGGUUCAUCAAAUGGUGGUGAAUCGAAGGGAAUGUGGAUGGGUGUUGUUCUUGUUGUCGUUGUUGGAGUGACUACUAUAAUAGGUUGAAGAUGAAGUCUUCAAUGGUUUUGUUGUGAUUUGAUUCACUUUAAAUUUAUCUUGUUUAUGUUACCUUAGGUGUUUAGGUGUAGUCGAUUUUAUGAAAAGUUGAUAAUUGAGAGUCAGUUAGAUG